AUGCGUACCUUUACUCUCCUCUCGCCGCUCAUCGCCGCGGCCUCUGCCUACGAGCAGUGGGUCAACGAGCCCGACACUGGUCUCCAGACCUUCCUCUCCGCGUCCAACUGGACCGAGGGAUCCAAGCCUGCCCUUAAGGACAUUCGCGGCGUCCCCGACUUUGACUUUGCUGCCCGCCAGGUCAUGACUGACCAGCAGUACGCCUUCUACCGCACCGCUGCUGCCGGCGAGUGGGCCUACCGUCACAACCUCGAGGUCUGGGAGAAGGCCAGACUCCGUCCUCACCAGCUUGCCAGCGUCACUGGUCUUAACGAGACCCUGGGCGUUAGCAUCUUCGGCCACAACUUCAGUGCCCCCAUCUUCAUCUCGCCUGCUGCCCGAGGUGCUUACGGUGACCCUGACCGUGCUGAGCUCAACUUUGUUGAUGCCGCUGCUGAGGAAGACAUUCUCUAUGUCGCUGCUCUGUAUGCCUCUAAGACUAUUGAGGAGAUCGGUGCGCAGCGCAAGAAGCAUGACAGCACCAUCUUCCAGCAGAUCUACUCCAACGCCAACCUUUCCGUCACCUGGGACGCCAUGAAGCGUGCUGAGGCUCAGGGUGUCAAGGCCUUUGUCUGGACCAUUGAUGCUCCUGCCACCUCUACUCGUCACCGUGCUGCCCGCUACGAUACCACCAACGCUAACGGUGUCACCUCUGUCCUGAGCUGGGAACUCUUCGAGGAGAUCAAGUCUCACACCAAGCUCCCCAUCAUCCUCAAGGGCAUCACCACCACCGAGGACGCCCUUAAGGCUGUCGAGAAGGGUGCCGACGGCAUCUGGCUCUCCAACCACGGUGGUCGUCAGGUCGACUACUCUCCCUCUCCCCUCGAGAUCGCCUACGAGCUCCGCCGCAACGCCCCCGAGGUCUUUGAGAAGACCGAGGUCCUAGCCGACAGCGGUGUCCGCUACGGCAGCGACGUCAUCAAGCUGCUGGCCCUCGGUGUCAAGGCCGUCGGUCUGGGUCGCCCCUUCAUGUACUCCAACAUCUACGGUGUCGAGGGCCCCAAGAAGCUGAUCCAGAUCCUCAAGACUGAGAUCCUUGCCGAUGCUGCUCAGAUCGGCAUCAACGACCUCCACAACAUCCCCGCCAAGGUGCUUAACACCCGUGCCCUUGAGCGCGAUGUCUACCUCAUCAACGAGAACUAA